AUGGGUAAGAAUAAUAUUUUCUGAAAAUUAAUUAUUCUCAAGACUUUCAGGAUGUCUACUUGUUAUCUCGACCAUUGCUCAUACUAUUUGUUUAGUUUCAGAGUUGAUUUUUGUGAAAAUGAAAUUAAGGUGAGUGAAUAAUAUAAGUUUUUUGAGACAUCAUUAAAACAAACUUAGAUUUGAGUUAGAUUCAUUAAAAGAUGCGAAGAGCAAAAAACAUUCUUUCGAUUGUGUUUCAAUGCUCUCAUAAAGGGUAUUCAAAUGUGUCACGUAAAUACUUGAAAUGUUGAAAUAUUUGCUAAAAAUAAGAGGGUCCAAAAAACAUUUGGUAUUAAUUUCUGGAAAAAAAUGAGGAAGGAAAAAGUAUUUUUGAUCCUGGAUGGAUUAGAAAAUUGUAGUCAAAAGUUUGUAGAGGUCUAUUUUUCUAGUCAAAUUUAUUAGUAAACAACUGAAAGUUGGGACUACAUAUUUAGAACAAUAAUUGAAAUUUCUAAUUUUUUUCGAACAUUUCCGAUAAUUAUUGUUAUGCUAUAGUUCAAUUCAUGAAAAUCCAAAGUUUGGAAUUUUUUUCAGAAUCGUUUUCAACAAAUUUUGGAGUUUAUGAAUUUUUUUUAGUAGAAGUCAAGAAAUUUAUAAUAUUCAGAAUAAAAAUAUAUAAAAUUCCAAAAAAAAUUUAUUUCUUCAGAUUCACGAGAACUCAUCGAGAUGAUUGUUAUCGUUCAGUAAUCGUCUACAUGUUUGCAAUGCUCUUCCAAUCCACACUUUUUUUGAUGAUGUCAAUCGAUCUAUUUCUAGCUGUUAUAAUGCCUAUAAGGUAUGCAUUUCUGUGGGAGUUUUUUUUUCCGCCAGUCUUUUAUUCGAGUUCGGAUUAAAUUUCAAACGCGAAAUUCAAUCCAACAUCCGUUCAAUAAUUAGGAGUGAAAUAUAUCAUUGAAAUAAUGAACCAAACAAAAAAUAAAAAGAAACAAGAAAAUAAAAAUGAGUCAGAAAACUUUUUGCAGACACAAAUUAUGGCGAAGAGGUCCAUAUUUAUUAGUUUUGUGUAUUCCACCUUUUGCAUUUUCCACUUUUGCUUUAUUCAUCGAAGAAAUUUAUAUCAAUCAUGAUGAUCUUCUGAUUUGCACAGUAACUCUUGGUUUGUUUGAAGUUGACUGAUUAAAAUUGAAUUUUAAAUAAUUGUUUAGCCGCACCACCGCAUAUUCGAUUUUGGGGAACUCUUGUGACAUUUUGCACAAUCGCCUUAGCUGUGAUUAUAAUUUUCAUCACAGCUUGUCGACUUCAUUUCAAAGGUAAUUAUUUUUUGGAAGUUGGGGAUCAAGUCGGAAAAUUUGGACCAGGAACGGAUUGCCGAGAUUUUUUAAUAGGAUUUCAAAAAAAUUGGGCCAAUAUUUUGUGUUAAGCUUUUCUUUGUGAUAAGAUUCAGAGAAAUUUGUAAAAUUUCAUUUUUUCAGAACGCGAAUCUGCUCGUCGAAUAUUGCGACAUUGUAACAGUAUAACAAGCAAUACAAAAUGUUCUGACACAAAAUUAUUGAAAUCGCUCUCAACUUUGAUGUUUGUUUUUGUUUGUUCUUGGAGUGCAUCUCUUCUUUUAUCUCAUAUUGCACUGUAUUUUGAUAAAACUAUAGGUUAUGAAAUUCAAAAAUAUAAUGUAAGUCAAGGCAGAACUUUUAAUUCAUGUUAAAUGUUCACAAUAAUUCCAGAUUCUUCUUUCACUUCCAACUUUUUGCCAAAACUUUUUUGUGACUGGUUUGAGAUCUCCUAGAUAUUCUGCUGCUUAUUCUGAACAGCUAUGUUUUUGUGGAGUUCGCAAAAAUGGUCCUAGAAAAAUGUCAUCAGUGAAAUCGGGUGUUGUUUUCGUGUAAAUUUAAAAUUAUUACAUAUUUUCUAUGGUUACGGUUAUAAAUAAAAGUUGUUCUUUUCUUCUUUUUUUUCGAAAUUUAGAAAACAAAAGUUCUAUUUUUUUUUGCUUAUUUUUUUGUUCAAUUUCACAUAAAUUGAAAAUUUGAAGCAUAUUUGUAUUACAAUGCCUAAACAAACUUUUGAAAAUUUUCAAAGUUAUCGAUAAAAAUAAUUUUGUAUAGAUAAGAAACGGGUCAAUUGUAAAAUGCCACGGAUAACAGUACGGAAAAUUGCAAUUUUUUGUUUUUGCUCAAUAUUUUUAGGUUUAUAUUUUUAUAUUGUUAUAAAUUCAGCAAUUUCUAGUAGUAUUAUUGAUGAUAAUGAAAAAUCAAUUACAAGACCGUGAGUUGAAUUAUUAUUUUUUGAAUCUUGAAAUGUUUCAGAGAUGUGAUACUUCGACAAAAAUUCAAAAAACCUCCGGAAAAUGCGUUGAAGUUUUAUAAACUUGAUGACGAUGGUUAUGCGAUUUCGACAUUUUUAGAUGAAAGAAAUGGGAAUAUGGGAUAUCGAUUUGUUAGAAUUUUAGUGAGUUUUUUCUAAAUUUCUCAAGCAGUUUGGAAAUAUUUACUGUACUGUAAUACGGUAAAAAUUUUUUUUUCAAACCUCGUUUUCAGAUGGCUUUGAAAGACAAAGAUGUGUUUGAAUGUUUCAUAAAUUCUGAGCAAUCCCCGGAAGUCAGAGUUUAUGAAUUCUCAGAGAAUCAUCGAAAAAAGUAUGGAGUCUUCAUUUUGAACUGUAAAGUUUCUGCAAAAGUUACCGGUGAUAUAAAAUCUAUCGAGGUUAGUUUUUUGCUUCAAAUAAAAAAAAAGUAAUUUUUAAAGAUUCGUCGAGCUGCUUCUUCUAAUUCUGAUCGUCUUUCUCUUCCAAUUCAUCAUCAUAUUCUAGAUGAAAAAAAUUCACAAAACUUAUCAAAACCAAUCUCAAUGUCAAUUUGUGUUCCAGUUCUUUAUGGCAAUUUUUAUUCGGUUGAGCGAAUUAUCGAAUUCAUGGAAUAUAAUAUUAUUCAAGGUGUUGAGAAAGUCAAUGUUUAUGUUGAACCAAAAACUUUGGAAAAUCAAAAACUUCGAAAAAUGCUGGAAUAUUAUAGGAACUCUGGUCACCUUGAAUACACUAUCUUUGAUUUGCCAUUUGAUCCAAAAUAUAUUUGGUAUUACGGUCAACUUAUUACAAUAACAGAUUGUUUAUUGAAAAUGACUGGCACUUCAAAAUAUACAUUUUUCAAUGAUUUUGAUGAAUUUUUCGUUCCUUCGUCAAACUUGAAAAUGCUGGAAACUUUGGAUAAACUAUUUGAGAAUCCAAAAACUGGAGCACAAAGAGUUUCUCUGAAGUACAUUGAGAUAAAGUAAGUUGAAUUUUUUCAACAAAAAAAGUGUAUUCAAAAUAUUAUUUUUUAGAGAUGACAAAGUUCCAAUUAGUAUUCACAACACCCAAUCUGGAGAUCAAAUGGAAACCAGAUUUACAAAAUGUGUUAUUCGACCAGAAAUGGUAUUCGAACAAGGAAUUCAUCAUACAAGUCGAGUAAUUCAAGAUGAUUAUGAAAUUAAGAAUCACGAUGGCUCGCUUUUAUUGGUUUAUCAUUAUAAAAAACAAUUGUCAUGUUGUCAAAAAGAAUCACUGAUUUUGGACAAAUUCGGGAACAAACUUCGGGAAAAAUAUAAUGAAACUUUCAAUAAUUUAUUCACUAUUUAG